AUGCCCACUCUGGUCUUGGCACGUGCGCUUUUAGCCAACAGUCCACAGAUAGAGUACAGAUCCGAAUCUAAAAUGUGGUCACCGCUCUCUUCUGAGGAAGGAAAGACCAACUCUUACAAGAUGAAUCUUGCAUCUGAGCCGCAGGAGGUGAAACGCAUAGGUUCCGCCCACAACAGGAGCGCCCUGCCAUUCGCUGGGUUCGGCCCCAAGGUGGUAACCAAUCAGUACAACAACCCUGCCGGUCUGUACUCCUCAGAGAAUAUCAAGGACUUCAACGCGACUGUGGAUGGCGUGAGAACCAUCGGCACUGCUGCUAAUGAGCCCAGCACCGUCUCAGAUCCGUCCGGUAUUCUGCCACCAAUAGUGGCAGACUCUGAGGUCUACAAAAUGCUGCAGGAAAACCAAGAGGCUGAUGAGCCUCCUCGACAGUCAGCUUCAUUCAAAGUGCUGCAGGAUAUUCUGGAGUCAGAUCCUGAUAACACCUCUGGUUUUAAGAGUGUGAAAGCGCCUGCCACAAAAAUUGGUUCAACAGUGAGACAUGCAGACAAGUUACCAAUCUGUGACAAAUGUGGAUCAGGGAUUGUGGGGAUGGUAGUCAAGUUACGGGACAAGUUCCGUCACCCCGAGUGCUACACCUGCUCAGAUUGCGACCUCAACCUGAAACAGAAGGGACAUUUUUUCGUGGAGGACCAGAUCUACUGUGAGAAACACGCACGUGAGCGAGUGACUCCACCCGAAGGCUAUGAUGUGGUCACUGUCUUUCCCAAGUAGAGCUGCUCAUUGAACACUGCCUCAAACUGCACAUGACCUAUUAGUGUCUCCAAGAUGCCAUGAAAACCAUCCCAAGACAUUCCAGCAUUUAAAGAUGGCGCAUUUAAGCAUUAAGGCACGAGGGGGUGUGGUAUAUGGCCAAUAUACCAUGGCUAAGAGCUGUUCUUGGGCACGACGCAACGCGGCCAUAUUGGACAUAUACCACAUACCCUCGUGCCUUAUUGCUAUUAUAAACUGGUUACCAAUAUAAUUAGAGCAGUAAAAAUAAAUAUUUUGUCAUAUCCGUGGUAUACGGUCUGAUAUACCACGGCUGUCAGCCAAUCAGCAUUCAUGGCUCAAUCCACCUAGAUUGUAAAAUGCUAUUUUUUAUUAUGCCUGGACACUGUUACUUCCAGGCAUGCAAUGUUAACAAGGUUUGCUAUUCGUCAAAUAAUAAUUUGCACAUGUUAUACAUUUAGGAACCAAAAAUAUGAAUUGGUGUGGCAUACAUUGUUUAGUAUGAAUCCAAAACAUUUGCAUUUUAAUCAGUAGGUUAAUAAAUGUUUUGGAUUUGUUUUCUCAAACAGGCUGUGACCAAGGAUAUUUCAAGGAACAUACAAUAGCUACUGACUGUACUUGGAUUUGACUCAUUCAUAGUGGUUUGAUCCAGGCUUCUGGUAGCUGUGCUUCUGGGUGGAUUUUCUGAAUCAUGAACAAAACUCUUAAUGUUUUGCUGAGCGCCAUCUUUUCAUAGUGACAAUGCUGCAUUGGUCUUCCAAAUUACUUUGCACCUAUCAAUGUAAUUAUUAUGACUGAAUAAAUAUUUUUUCUCAAUA